AUGCAGGAGGCUGUGCUUGAAUCUUGGAGCAGCAAGAUUGCAAAAUCAAUAAUUGACGUAGGAAAACCUGUCUUCCAGGAUUUAGAGAAAGGUCUAAGGAGUAAGACAAAGAGGGUUUCUGGGGACUCUCUCACCGCAAUUGCAUGGAUUGGAUGUGAAAUUUCCAAGUGUCCAAAUAGCCAAAGAUAUUCUGCUUGUGAGAUCUUGCUUAGUGGAACAGAGCAGUUCUUGCACCCUGGAUUGGAGCUUGAAGAAAGACUUCUAGCGGAUGCAGAAACUAAUCCAUUCUCCGAAGGAGUACGGGAAUAUUUGAGACGUUUUUCAGGAGUAACCUGGAUGGCAGAUGAACUACAUAGAGUAGCUGACGAUUAUUUGCCCAACCAAUCCCGUAUUUCUUGUGUACACACACAAAUUGUGGAGGCAAAUGGUAGCAACAGUGGAGCCAUAACUGCUCUAAUCUACUGCAGGGGACUGCUUUAUAGUGGACAUUCAGAUGGUUCAAUCAAGGUUUGGCAAAUGGUACAAAGGAAAAUGGAGUGCAUUGAAGUCAUAGCUAUGGAGGAACCGAUUCGACAGUUAGAAACAUAUGGCCCAUUAAUUUUUGUAAUCACCCAAGGCUACAGAAUGAAGGUCUAUGAUUCAUCAAGAACAUCCAAAAACAUCUGUAAGACUAAAAAGGUGAAGUGCAUGAAUCUGGUCCAGGGAAAGAUUUACAUAGGCUGUAAAGAUUCAAGCAUACAGGAAUUAACCAUAGCAACUAAAAGGGAACGAGAGAUCAAGGCACCAACAAAGAGUUGGAUGAUGCAAAAUAAGCCCAUCAAUUCAAUCGGUGUCUAUAAAGAUUGGCUUUAUAGUGCAAGUUCAGUGAUCGAGGGUUCAAAAGUUAAGGAAUGGAGAAUGCAUCAUAAGCCCCAAAUAUCUACAGUAGCUGAUAAGGGCAGGAAUGUGUUAGCAAUGGAAGUAGUGGAAGACUUCACUUACUUCAAUUGCUCCUCAUCAACCAGCAACCUUCAAAUUUGGUUAAAAGGGAUGCAACAAAAAGUGGGCAGGAUGUCGGUAGGCAGCAGAAUAAUAAGUCUUCUUAUUGCCAAUGACGUUGUUCUAUGCGGUACUGAGAAAGGACUGAUUAAGGUUUGUUCAAUCAACUCAUCAUAUGGACUUCAAUUUUCUUCAAGUACUCAGUCAAUGGUUGUCCUCACCGCAACUUUCUUUGAUGGACACGCAGGGCUGGAUACCACUCUAGUCACCAAUCAGUAUUAUGACAGUGCUUCAGCAAUGGAGCUUCCAAUUGAUGUAGUAUAUAUGGUUUUAAUGUAA